CGCGUCCAUGACACAAGUGCCCGUUCGCCAGCUGAUCCGAGACAGCAUGACGGAGCCGUGUAACAGUGCUGGUCUCUCCGAAUCGUCCUCGAAGCCGUACACCUGGCUGGUCUACGACGACGAGUCGGUGAACGACGCCUGCGUGGCUUUCGCCCUACCAGGGAUCGCCUUGAGGCAGGAACCGAGCGAGAGCCUGGAGCUCGAGUACACGAGUCGCUACUACUGCGACGUCGACGACGAGCAUCACCUGAACAAGUACAGCCUGCGUCUGGUGUUCCGCAACAACCUGCACGAACUAACCCGAGACUACGGUUACGAGGUCGUCGGCAGCGCGCUGCUACCACCUCGAGAUGCGACCGACGACGAGGCUGCCGUUACCGAGAGGCCGUAUCACCAGCUGCUGUUCGCGCACAGGAGACGGAGACUGGCCGCGAGUAUCGAGAUCAAGGAGAUCUUCAGUGUGAGGAGGUCGAGAUUGCUGCACCUGUGCUUCGGUAUUCGCAGGUUCAGGGAUCGAGGCGACCAGGAUGUGGAGGAGCCAUCCGAGCCACACGCGGUGAUGCUCCUUCGAACCGGCCUCUACAGCGAUGUCAAGCUCAAGGUCAACGGCCGCGUCUUCCCCGUACACAAGCACCUGCUGAGCUCGCGCAGUCCAGUGUUCCGGGCGAUGUUCGGCCACGGCGAGGUCUUCCCGGAGAAUCGCGCGAACGGUUGCGUCGUCAUCGACGACCUCGAUCCCGAAGUGGUCGAACAGCUCCUCGUCCACGUCUACACCGGCGAAGCUCCAAAGCUCGCCUCGAUGUCGCGUCAGCUGUUUGAAGCGGCGCACAGGUACGAAAUUGCGGAGCUACGCCGAGCUUGCGAGGAGUUCUUCGUGUUCGGUCUGAGCCGGGACAACGUCAUCGAGAUCCUCGACAUGGCAGGUCUGUACGAGCUGAAGGAGCUGCGCCAGAGGGCGCUGGAAUUCGUCAGAACCCACGAGACGGAAAUGACGACGGAGCAGAGCUUUCGAAGCUUUCUCUGCAGAGAUUUGCGGAUCGACGGCGUCGCGGACACUCUGAGGAUGUGCGCUAAGUACGGGAUGGAGGAGGUCAAGGCCAAGGUGAUGGAAUUCGUUAAAGAGCACAGUAGAGAGCUGGCCGAGAGCGAAGGGUUCUUGGGGCUUUUUCGUACACAUCCGGAUCUGAUGAGGGAAAUCUUUGUCUAUGUGCACAGAUGAUGUGAAAGAAAGUGUUUGUUUCCAUGUCACACUAUAUCUUAAGUAUAAUACGUUUUUGUAAACAUUGCAAACAAAAUUUCUGAAUAAAUGAGGAAUAUAUAGUUUUUGAAUGA